AUGUCUUUUCUACGGGCAGCUCGGCCAUGCCGGGCAAAUAAAGCUUGCCAAAUCUCUUUUCAAGGCGUCCAAUCACGAAAUUUCAGUCGGACACAAUCCCUCGCCGCACCUAUCACCGCGGAGGAAGUCCAAGGCGCUCACAAAUACUGUGUCGCUCUCCUCUCAAAAUAUGACCGACCUUCCUACACAUUGAGCACCUUCAUCCCGCGACAUGCGCAGUCCUUCUACAUAGCGCUGCGCGCAUUAAACGUCUCCCUAUCCAUGAUACCCGACACAACCUCCUCUCCCACCAUCGGCCUAAUGCGCCUUCAAUUUUGGCGUGAUUCAGUAGCGAAGAUCCUAGCCGGCGCACCACCCAAAGAACCCGUCGCUAUCUUGCUCGCAUCAGCCAUCUCCGAGCUCCAUGAACGCACGCAGGGCCGCGCGCGGAUAAGCAAAGGCUGGCUUACUCGCAUCAUCAACUCGCGGGAGCAAACUUUAACAAACGACCCAUACCCGAAUAUCGCGGCUUUAGAGUCCUACGCCGAGAACACAUACUCCACGCUCAUGUACCUCACUUUGUCCGCAUUGCCAAUGGCUUCUGUAACUGCGGAUCAUGUUGCGUCGCACAUCGGCAAAGCGGUGGGAAUUGCUGCCGUAUUACGCGGUUUGCCGUUCGUGGCAUUCCCUGCUCCGCCCGCUCAGUCGCCUUCUGGCGGGGCGGCGAAUUCCGCGGUAGGCGGCGGCGCCAAGCAGGGCGCUGUCUUGUUGCCUCUUGAUAUCAUGGCGCAGACGGGCGUCAAGGAAGAGGAUGUCCUCCGGUACGGAGCACAGGCUGAGGGUCUGCGUGAUGCAGUGUUCACUGUUGCCACGCGGGCAAGUGAUCACCUUAUUACUGCACAGCAGAUGCUCAGCAAUUUGCGUGCUGGGGAGGACGUUGGCCAUGACUUCGAACAUGAAGGCGAAGAAGGACAUGAAUAUGAUGCUGCGAAGAGUGGUGAAUCGCCACUCGAGGAAGUCAACCGAGCAUUUGGUGUCUUCAUGCCGGCUGUUGGAACACGCUUGUGGCUGGAUCGCCUCCAGAAACAAGAUUUCGAUGUUUUUAGCCCCCAAUUGCUUCGGUCGGAUUGGAGACUGCCGUGGAAGGCUUACUCGGCGUAUUCACGGAAGUCUCUCGACUGA